GCCAUGCUCGGCACGAGCUCGUCGGCCGUCGGCGGCGGCACCGGCUCGGACGACGACCAGCUCUCGUACGACCCGUACUGCGAGCAGAACCCGGACAAGUGUGGCUAUGCAGCGCUCCUGUGCGACGACGAGCUUCUUCCUGCACUGCAAGUGCUCAUCUACUCGUUGCGCCAGACCGGCACCCCUCACCCGAUCGUCGUCCUCGCCCUCCCGCAUGUCUCCGAGGCCGCACGGCAGGACCUGCGCCUCCUCGCCGACGACGUGAUCGCGGUCGACCAACUCGCGUACCCGUACGAGGGCAAGGUCAAGCUCGAGCUCGGCAUCAACAAGCAGUGCCGGUACAGCAAGCUCCACCUGUGGGCCCAGACCCAGUUCAAGAGCAUGAUCUACCUCGACGUCGACACGGCCGUGGUCAAGAACAUCGACCACCUGUUCUCGACCGAGACAGUCUUUGCCGGCGUCAAGGACAUCGGCGACGUGUACAACACGGGCGUUCUCGUCUUCAAGCCGUCCGAGGCGACCUUCAACGACAUGAUGGACACGUACCUGACGGCGCCGUCGUACAACCGCGGCGACCAGGGCUUCCUCAACUGGUACUUCUCGAACCGCACCACGACGGGCCUCGGCGUCAUCGGGCCGGCGUACAACGUGCCCGCCAAGCUCAAGGGCUUCGCCAUCGGCAAGAAGCUCAUCGAGAACGCGUUCGUGUACCACUUUACCGCCGAGACCAAGCCCUGGUCGUUCCACCACUUCUACCACCGCGACUGGAAGGUCAACUACCACCCGCGCAUGUUUGCCAAGUGGCGCACGCUCGAGUACGAGGUGUCGCAGUCGCAGCCCGAGCUGCGCGACCAGUACGCCGUCCCUCGUCACGACGUCCCGAUCAAGGCCGAGCUCGCCGCGUACGAGUGGCCCAACACGCACCGCGCAUACGACAUCUGCUCCAAGUACAACCCCAAGUACGAGACGGACGGCAAGUUCCCCGUCCAGGACCAGUACUCGGUCGCGAUCUCGUUCUACAACCCGGAGCGCCUCGGUUACCUCACCAAGCUCAUCGGGCACUACCUCUUGUCGGACCUCGUCCACACCGUCUUCAUCACGUGGCACUCGGCAAGCGUGCCCGUCCCCAAGGACAUCAAGGACCUCGUCGCCGGCGGCCGGGUCGCCAUCCUCAAGAUGGACUCGGACACGCUCAACAACCGGUUCAACCCGAUCAAGGGCCUCAAGACGCAGGCCGUCUUUAUCUGCGACGACGACAUCUUUGCGCCGGCGGCCGGCAUCGACUUCCUGUUCAGCGUGUGGCAGGCGCGGCCCGACUCGAUCGCGGGCUUCUUCCCUCGCAUCCACGGCCGCAAGGAGGACGGCUCGAUCUUUUACGAGAUGGCCGGCGUGCACCACAAGUACGACAUCAUCCUCACAAAGGGAAUGAUGAUCAACGCCAACUUCCUGCACGCCUACACGUGCGUCAUGCCGCCCGAGGUCCACCGCUACGUCGACUACGGCAAGAACUGCGAGGACAUCGCGAUGAACAUGAUGGUGUCGGGCAUGACGGGCGCCUCGCCCGUGUGCGUCCACGACGACGAGGUGCUCGACUUUGGCACGUCCCAGGGCAUCUCGAUCUCGGCCGCGUUCACGAUGCGCCGCGACACGUGCACGGGCGACCUCAUCGACCUCUUUGGGCGCGACACGCUCGUGUCGUCGACCGAGCACGUCCGCAAGUUUGUCUCGAACAAGUUCCGCAAGGUGCCCUGGGAGGACCUCGACGACAUCCUGGAGGGAGAGCGGCAGAAGGCCCUGGCGCUGGGCAAGCAGAAGCAGUAACCUAAUAGAUUCCCUUACUAGACUUGUCUCCUCCUCGGUUGUAAAGCUAUUGCGGCCCUUCCCUCCC